CAGCAGCAAGGCCAACCACCACAAGGCCAGCAACCACCACCACAACAGCAGCAACAACAGCAGCAACCACAACAAUCCCAACCCCGCUCCCGCAAACGCAAGUCGCCUCCAACAGCCGCCGCGCCCCCACUGCCUCCGCCUCCACCACAGCACCACCACCCACAGGCGCCGCCUCCGGGAAUGCAUAUGCCGCACGUCCUCCCGCCGCUCAUGCACGCGCCGCCGGGCAUGCCGCCCCCGAUCUACCAGUACGCGCCGCCCGAGUACCAGCAGCCGCCACCGCCACCGCAGCAGGGGCAGCCGCAGGACCAGAACGGGCAGGGAGGGGAUGGCAGCGACGGCUCGAAGACGGGCCCCGGCGGGCGGGCGCUGAGCCAGAGCAAGAGGGCGGAGCAGAACCGCAAGGCGCAGCGGGCGUUCCGCGAGCGGAGAGACCAGCACGUCAAGGCGCUCGAGUCACGGUCGCAGCUGCUGGAUGCGGCGUUGGCCAGCGCGGACGAGGCCAACAGACGAUGGGAGGAGUGUCGUGCGCUCGUCGACCAGCUUCGGAUGGAGAAUGCGGCGUUGCGAGCGACGCUCAACCAGAGCCAUAUG